UCAACACUUGACACAAAUCACAUAACCUAUUAAAUUUCAAGACAAAAUGUUCCAGUUACCAACAAUAACGAGAAUCUGUCGUAGUUUUUGCACUCAAGCCAAUGCAAAUCUACCAAUUUCUGCAAAUUUCGUCAACCGAAAUCCACGAAACUUGGAACGAAUGAGAAUUGGUUACAAACCGGACGGUUAUCACGUCGAAAAACCUGGCCGUUGCUUCUGGCACAAAUUGAAUUUACGAAAAACCGGUCGUUAUGUCUAUGCAACCAUUGACCACUUUGAAAAUGGUACAGUUGUGAAAGCUAGCACCUCUGAAUGGGCCCUCAAGAAACAAUUAUACAAGUGUAGAGACACUUCCGCGUAUUACAAUUUAGGCCGUGUGUUAGCUGAACGCUGUCUCAAGUUCGGUUUAAUUGAAAUACGUUGUGAUAUCGUCCCACCAAAACCCGACGGGAGAGUGGCUCAUUUCUUGCAAGCGUUACAAGAAGGGGGCGUUUCAUUACAAGAGCCGCCCCAGUUUAAGCCGGCGAGGCCGUGGGAUCAAUUUAGGUUUGAAAAACCAUGGGAAGUAACUGAAUAACUACAAUUUAUUUAAUAAAUAUUUACAAUUUAUUUUUCGUAA